AUGCAACCAUUCAUUUAUCAUCUCAGAAAUAGUGUUCAUCCUCAGAUGCUUAACAACUUGCUAAAUGAAUUAGAAAUCGCUUCAAAACGAAGAGUUGUUCUUUUGUUAUAUUUUAAAAAUGAAUUAGAAUCACUUAUUGGUCAUUCUUGUGAAACUGUGGCUAGUCUUGCUGUAACACUUCUAUUACGGUUAUUACACCACUUUCCUCAUUUGGCUCAUGAAACUGUUGCCAAUACAAUCAUACCUUAUCUUUGUACGCGAUCGAAUAAACCUGAUCAUUUUACCCUGCCUUUAUUAUCGAUGUUGCCGGAUGCUGUAAUGCUUGCUCCACAUUCAGCGUCUACUCUUAUGCAGUUAUGUGCAGAACAUAUUUUGUUGGGUGUACCAAAUGAGUUCACUUAUUCGGCCGUUGAUUAUUAUGAAGUUAGUAUGCGUCGUUUAACACUAGAUGGAUUUGAUGGUGCAUGUAUAGAACACGCAAGCUCAGCGUUGACAGCCAGUUCUGGUUUGGUUAGGGCAUCAUUAUAA